AUGAAAUCGAUUAGUGUCCUCAACCUUGGAGCUUUGUUGGUGACGUCAAUGACGCCCUUAGCCAUCUCAUGCCCUACCGCUCAUCAUGGAGCCCCCAUUGUCGACUUAUCCAAUGGCACUUACAGAGGCACCUACAAUCAGCAUUAUCACCGAGACCUCUUCCUUGGCAUGCCCUACGCCAAAGCCCCAUCUCUGAAUAGUACCUGGACAGGCAUCCGGAACACAACCAAUGAUACUUGGGUAUUGGGCAAUCAUGUUUCUGAAGACUGCCUGAGUAUCAACGUGGUUCGCCCAGCCGGUAUACCUGAAGGAACCAAACUCCCCGUUGCUGUCUGGAUCCAUGGUGGUGGUUGGGUGAAUGGCGGGAGUUCAGAUCCCCGAUACAAUCUCUCGUUCAUUGUGGAACAAUCGGUCAGGAAGGGCAUGCCAAUUAUAGCCGCAAACAUGAAUUAUCGCCUUCACGCCUGGGGAUUCCUUCAUAGCGCCGAGCUUGCGGCUGAGGGAUCAACCAACCUUGGUUACAGAGAUCAACGGCUGGCCCUUCACUGGAUCAAGGAAAACAUUGCCAAUUUUGGGGGAGACUCGGAACGCGUCACUUUAUGGGGCGAGAGUGCAGGAGCAUUCUCUGUCGGCUCUCAACUGGUCGCAUACGGAGGCCAGGACGACAAGCUCUUUAGUGCCGCUAUCCUCCAAAGCAGAUCACCCUUACUAUUACAUACUACGAACUGUUCGGUCGCAGAGCCAGUGGCAUGCCUUAGAAAGCUUCCCACCAACGAGCUCAGCGCGGUUCUCAAUAGCACAUUUGCUUCACCGCCCAGUUGGGGUCAAGUAGUAGAUGGCGACUUCAUCCCUGCAAGCGGAAGGGCCCUGUUGAAGAAGGGAAAAUUCGCCAAGGUGCCUCUUCUUAUGGGCACUAACUUCGAUGAGGGCACCGAGUUUGCUCCUCAGGGGAUUAACACAACGUCUCAGUUCGUUCAAUAUGUUAGAUCUGUUGAUCUUGCCAAGCCAGCAGUCCACAGCAUUGAGAAGCUGUAUUCCAACAACCCUGCUGUUGGCAUACCAGGCACACUCAAGGGUAGACCAGAAGGACAUCUUACAUACCUUGGACGGCAAUACAAGCGCGCCGCUGCCUUCAGCGGAGAUGUAUUUCAGCAUGCCGGUCGAAGACUCACGACCCAGUCUUACCACUGGAACGUCCUUGUCGAGAACGAAGUCGUAUUCACUUUCAACAAUGUUAACGGCCAAGGAUACGACACAGUUAUCUCCAACAACCCAUUGGCCGGGAAACCCGCCUUUAUUAUUAACCACAAUCCGAAUAGUUACGCUCAAUCCCUCACUUGGCCACAGUAUCAAGAGCGGUCUGAGAAGAAUCUGGUGUUUGAUGUUAAUGUGACAGGGUUGGCUUAUAUCGAGUCUGAUUCGUUCCGCCACAAACAGAUUGCUUAUAUCAUUGAUAAUCUAUAUUUAGCUAGACCUGCUAUCUAUUUCAGCAGGCCCUAA